AUGCUGCUAUUAAGAAACUCUGUGGUUGCUCGUAGGCAACUUUUACUCGGAAGUAAGCAAAGUGUGAAGGGACAGGCAUUACAGCAAUUUGGUUUUCUUACGAGACCAUCGAGGACGAUACCAUUCAGUAAAUCUUUCAGUACAACUAGACAAAUAUCUUUGCGUAGUUCUGCUAUUUUAAGGUUUCAAGGCAUAGAGAAUAAAGACAAGGCAGAUGCAAAAUUGAAGACGGUUAAGCUAAAGGAAGACAGUCGUCCUAAUAAUGCUGAUACAGGUAAGAGCACAUCUCUAACGAAGGCUCCAAGUAUAUCAGAAUUGAAGAUUUUGAAGGAUUUGUUUAAAUAUAUAUGGCCUAGAGGUGACAGCAAAGUAAAAUUGCGUGUACUAAUAUCUUUAUCUUUGUUAAUUGGAGCAAAGCUCUUGAACGUCCAAGUUCCCUUUUUCUUCAAGAAGACGGUUGAUUCAAUGAACGUUACAUGGGAUGAUCCAAGUGUAGCCUUACCUGCAGCAAUUGGUCUGACCAUCCUAUCUUACGGUGUUGCCAGAUUCAGUACAGUGUUAUUUGGUGAACUGCGUAAUGCAGUAUUUGUGAAAGUCGCACAAAACGCUAUCAAGACAGUGUCAGUGGAAACAUUUAGGCACUUGAUGAAAUUAGAUCUGGGGUGGCAUUUAAGUAGACAAACUGGUGGAUUGACUAGAGCCAUGGACAGAGGUACAAAAGGUAUCUCGUACGUACUUAGUGCAAUGGUCUUCCAUAUCAUUCCCAUCACUUUCGAAAUCUCCGUAGUAUGUGGUAUCUUGACUCAUCAGUUUGGUGCUUCUUUUGCAGAGAUCACUUUCAUGACUAUGUUGCUAUAUUCAAUUUUCACUAUAAAAACUACUGCUUGGAGGACUCAAUUUCGAAGAGAUGCCAAUAAAGCUGAUAAUAAGGGCGCCAGUAUUGCAUUAGAUUCACUAAUCAAUUUUGAAGCCGUCAAGUAUUUUAAUAAUGAGAAUUAUUUAAGCUCCAAGUAUAAUUCUGCCUUGAUUGAUUAUAGAAAUUCUCAAAUAAAAAUAUCGAAGUCAUUGGCAUUUUUAAAUUCAGGUCAAAAUCUCAUUUUUACAACUGCAUUGACAGGAAUGAUGUAUCUGGGUUGUACUGGUGUCAUAGGUGGUAAUUUAACAGUAGGUGAUUUAGUAUUAAUUAACCAGCUGGUUUUCCAACUGAGUGUGCCUUUGAAUUUCCUUGGGAGUGUGUAUCGUGAACUAAAACAGUCAUUGAUUGAUAUGGAAUCGUUAUUCAAAUUGAGGAAAAACGAAGUUAAAAUUCAUAAUAUUGAAAAUCCAAAGAUCAUAUUGAAGGAAGAUGGACCCUUUGAAAUAACUUUUGAGAAUGUAACAUUUGGAUACCAUGCAGAUAGAAAGAUUUUGAAAAAUGCUAGUUUCACAAUCCCUGCUGGAUGGAAAACUGCUAUUGUAGGCCCUUCUGGUAGUGGUAAAUCAACAAUCCUAAAAUUGGUAUUUAGAUUUUAUGAUCCCGAAGAGGGAAGGAUUCUAAUUAACGGUAUAGACGUUAGAGAAAUUGAAUUAGAUUCGUUAAGGAAGUUAAUUGGUGUUGUUCCUCAGGAUACCCCUUUGUUCAACGAUAGUAUCUGGGAAAAUGUCAAGUUCGGUAGAAUUGAUGCACUCGACUCAGAAAUUUAUGAAGUGAUAGAAAAAGCACAACUAGAUUCUCUCAUAAGAAAACUGCCUCAAAGCUACGAAACUAUUGUUGGUGAGAGAGGUCUUAUGAUCAGUGGUGGGGAAAAGCAAAGAUUGGCAAUUGCGAGGGUGUUAUUGAAAGAUGCAAGUGUGAUGUUCUUUGAUGAGGCUACAAGUGCCUUAGAUACACAUACGGAGCAGGCUCUAUUAAAAACAAUAAGAGCUAAUUUCAAAACGGGUUCGAGAACUAGUAUUUAUAUUGCACACAGACUGAGAACAAUUGCGGACGCUGACAAAAUAAUUGUUCUUGAGGAUGGAACAGUUAGAGAAGAAGGAACACAUAACGAAUUAUUAGCUAAAAGCACAUCUUUGUACAAGGAGUUAUGGAAUGUCCAAGAGAACCUGGACUUGAUAGAAAGAGAGAUCGAAAUUGAAAAGGAUAUAAGGUAA